UCUCAAGUGAAUGAAAGCUCAGGGGCCGUGGCAAUUUGAAAGCAGUGCCAUCCCGAUAUCAUACAGCAGUUUGACCUGCCACAAUUUUCACAGGUUCCCGUUUCAUCUUUCGUUGACAGAAUAAAAUGUCUUCUCCAUGACUGCGAAGCGCUCCCGCACCUGAAACACACCAGAGGACGCGAAUCUGCAAGUGUAUAUUUAUGGAAUAAAACCAGUCCUACCACCCAUCAUGUCAGGGAAGUCAGACAUGAAAAAGAAGUGGGCGGCGGUCAGGGAUCGCCUGGGCUCCUCGCAGGACUCCGAUACCCCGCAGGAGGCCAACCUGGAGAGUGCUGAUCCAGAGCUGUGCAUCAGACUGCUGCAAGUUCCCACCGUAGUCAACUACUCUGGGCUGAAGCGACGCCUGGAAGGCAGCGACCAGACAUGGAUGGUCCAGUUCUUGGAGCUAAGUGGGCUGGAUCUGCUCCUGGAGGCCCUGGACCGGCUCUCGGGGCGCGGGUGCUCUCGUAUUGCCGAUGCUCUUCUGCAGCUCACCUGCGUCAAUUGCGUCCGGGCUGUCAUGAACUCCGCAGCGGGGAUCCACUUCAUUAUAGAGAACGAGGGAUACAUUCGGAAGCUUUCACAAGCCUUGGACACUUCCAACACCAUGGUGAAGAAGCAGGUGUUUGACCUACUUGCAGCCCUCAGCAUGUUCUCUACAGAUGGACACUGCCUGGCUCUGGAUGCCCUAGACCAUUACAAGGGCUUGAAGAUGCAGCAGUAUCGCUUCAGUGUGAUCAUGAACGAAUUGCAGGCGACAGAUAACGUCCCUUACAUGGUCACACUCCUCAGUGUCAUCAAUGCCCUCAUCUUCGGGACAGACGACCUCAGGCAGAGAGAUAAGAUGAGAAAGGAGUUUAUCGGGCUUCAGUUACUUGAUAUUCUACCAAAGUUAAGGGAGCAGGAGGAUGAAGACUUGAUUAUUCAAUGUGAAGCUUUUGAAGAGGCAAUGGCUGAAGAUGAGGAGGAGCUGCUGCGUUUGUAUGGGGGCAUUGACAUGAGUAAUCACCUGGAGGUCUUCACUACACUCUUCAACAAGGUGAGCAGCUCUCCAGCCUCUCUCCAGCUGCUGUCCAUCCUGCAGACACUGUUGGUGCUGGGGCCGAGCCGCUCUGAUAUCUGGCUGGCUCUGGAGGCCAUCGCUAACAGAGCCAUACUGCUGGCCCAGGACUCUCAGAUGGAGUCCUGUGAGAAGAUCAUGCAGCGGCUGAUGUUUUCCAAAGGAAAGAGCUGUGAAGGUCAGCAUGAAGUGGACGGGCAGGUGGUCGGAGUGGACAAGGCUGUGCAGACGGAUCUGGACACAGACAAGCCGGACAAAGGCACAACCUCCCCUCAGAAGCCACUCUGUGCUGCUGCUCCUCCACCUCCACCCCCGCCACCUCCUCUACCCCCUGGCAUGACCGGACCCCUGCUCCAACCUUCUAACCAAUGUCCGCCCCCACCGCCACCUCCUCCACCACCACCGCUACCUGGAGGGCUUGGCGGACCUCCACCGCCACCUCCUCCUCCUCCCUUACCAGGCAUGCCCCCUCCGCCACCACUACCCUGCGGUCCAGGCAUACCGCCUCCACCUCCUCCGCCAUUCCUACCAGGGAUGGGCGGCGGACCCCCACCACCACCUCCCUUACCCGGCAUGCCACCUCCACCUCCUCUUGUCCCGGGCAUGAUAAUGGCUCAGAGUAGCUACUCCCUGGGGUGCAGCGCACCCAAAAAGGGAAACCGAUGUCCCACCCUGAGGAUGAAAAAGCUCAACUGGCAGAAACUCCGUGCUGUUACUGAUGGUCACUCCAUGUGGGCCUCGGUUCAGAAAGAGCCGCCUCCUCGGGAGCCGGACUACAGCAGUAUUGAGCAGCUGUUCUGUCUCCCGGUGACCGAGCACAAAGACAAGGGGGCAGCUGCUCCUGUCAAGAAGGAGCCUAAAGAGAUUACAUUCAUUGAUCCAAAGAAAAACUUGAAUUUGAACAUAUUUCUAAAGCAGUUCAAAUGCAAAAAUGAAGACUUUGUAGCCAUGAUUCAGAACGGGGACCGGUCUAGGUUUGAUGUAGAGGUGCUAAAACAGCUUCUAAAGCUUCUACCAGAGAAGCACGAGAUUGAAAAUUUGAAGUCCUUCCAAGGAGAAAAAGACAAGUUGGCAAAUGUUGACCGCUUCUACACCUCCCUCCUCACUGUGCCAUGUUACCAGUUGAGGAUUGAGUGCAUGUUGUUGUGCGAGGAGACUUCAUCAGUGCUGGACAUGCUCAAACCUAAAGUCAAGCUGGUGGAGGAGGCCUGCCAGUCUCUCAAAGUGAGCACACUCAUGCCCAAUUUCUGCAGGCUCAUCCUUAACGUUGGAAAUUUCCUCAACUAUGGAAGUCACACAGGGAACGCAGAGGGGUUCAAGAUCAGCUCUCUGCUCAAGCUCACAGAGACCAAGGCCAACAAGAGCCGCAUAACGCUUCUUCAUCACAUCUUGGAGGAGGCAGAGGCAAACCACCCGGAGCUGUUGGCGCUGCCAGACGAUAUCGAGAUCUGUCAAAAAGCAGCAGGAGUUAAUCUGGACUCUGUUCAGUCAGAAGCCAGUGCCUUACUGAAACGACUGAAUGAGACUGCCAAGAAGGUGUCCAACUCCGUGGAGGAGGUGAAGGAGCAAUACGCAAAAGUUCUGGAUGGAAGUCGAGAGGCAUGUCAAGCUUUAAGUGAAAGGUUCACUGAGAUCGAUAAGCAGAAGAGUGAGCUGGCUGUCUACUUAUGCGAGGAUGCGAACAAGCUGUCGCUUGAGGAACUCUUUGGAACCAUGAGGACUUUUCGAGAACUUUUCAUCAAGGCACUGAAGGAAAACAAAACCAGAAAAGAGCAGGCGGCCAAGGCUGAGAAGAGAAAGCAGCAGCUGGCAGAGGAAGAGUCCAAGAGACAGAAGGGAGAGAAUGGAAAAAUAAUUAGGAAAGGCGUCUUGCCGCCGAACGACGGCUGCAUCAUCGACCACCUCCUGGCAGAUAUCAGGAAAGGUUUCAGCCUAAGAAAGACCAGGCCAAGGUGCGAUUCGGAAAGCCUCCCUUCUAGUGAAAUGCGUAGCGAUACCUGCCCACCUGGAUCAAGUGUGAAGCCUGCCGACGAAGAAGCCGCAGAAAUAGCCACCAUUUCCGCUCCCACCAAAUCCCAGACAGAGGGUCACCAGGCCAGCACAGGCGAGGUGAACGGUUUCAUCAGCCCAUCAGAAGGGACUCCGCCAGCGCCGCAGAGUGCCGUGCCAGACGGACCAGCUGCAGCUCCCAACACAUUCCCAGGGGAGCCAGCCGUGACGACACAGGCACCCCUGGAAAGACCUGUGUCGCUGCAGAAGGGUCAACACCCGGAGAACCCAUCCCUAGAUAUGACACGACCUCUGCCUCAGGUUGAAGGGGAACAGCAACCAUCUCUCACCACAAACGGCUUCUCAUUAGAUUCAACUGAGACCAGCGUCCUCAGUCCAUCCUCGCUCUCAGAUUCGGACCUUUUAGACGCUGUGUUAGACAGCACUUCCAGCCUGCUACCUGAGAAGCCGAACCAUGAGCAACCAGCAGACAUUAGUGUGAAUGUUCAGAUCAAGGAGUGUCCUUUACCUAAGACAGACACGAAUGUGACACAGAGUAGUGAAAGCAAUAUAAUGGGAGAUGGGAAAGGUAAAACUAGUAAUAAAAUAACCCAUUUAACAGAGACUGUAGGACGAGAGAAGGGCGGAGAAGAGCGAGAAUCCAUUAGUACAAAAACGCACACCCGAGAUGAGGUUGUGAGUCACAAGUAUUCGGACCCUAAAAGCAAUGUGACCGCUCUCAGUGAGGACAUUGAGGGGUGUGACGUCCCGGAUGGACAGGAACCAGAGGAUCUGCCAUCAGUAUCUGAAGAAAUGCCUCCAUCCCUAAAGCCCGAACCAAAGAAACAGCAGAGCCUCUUUAAACGAAACAAAAAGAAGAGUAACCAAGGUAACAGUGGGAAAGGACACACUAAACAUAAAAAAGGCUGUGUGUUGCAGUGAGGUGACCGAAAAAGGAGAUCAAGAGGAAAAAGAAAAUCUUAACUUCACAGAGGAGUUCUGAACUGGAAGGACUACAGUGUAUUUUAUUUUGUGAGACUACAUGAAUAUUGACUCCUUCAGGAGGAUGCAGAAGUCUUCCUUUUGCAAUGAUUUGUUUUUCCAGACCAAGAAGAGGUAAUGCAUCUAAAAGGCUGGGACCUUCACAGAAUGGAUGUAAACAUGUCACUUUAUGUAAAUGAAUUGUAGUCUUUGUGUAUAUGAGUGCUUUUGAUUCAGAACUGUUCAAAAAAGUAGAGAAUAUGCUUUGUAUGUUUUUUUUUUGUAUAAUUGUUGUAAUAUGCAUUGGAUGUGUUUUAAGCUUUAUUUACCUUUCAGCACCUUUGGAAAGGAAGAUGCAGUGUUUGGUGCAAGAUAUUUAAUGUAACACAUCUAAUAUUGAAGUUGCUUUGAAUAAUGUCUUAAUUUCUUUAUAUAUUAUUCAGAUAAUCUCUAACAGGAAAUAUAAGGACAGCAUAUAAUGGAUUGUAACUUUUAAUGUUAAGUCAAUUUUAAUAAAAGUAAAUUUACUGUUCA